GUUCAGCUCAAAAUGCUGAACUGCUCGGUGCAAGUCGCUGGUGCGGUGGUGGUUGGAGUCUGUCCUCGGGCCUGAGCCUCGAGGCCAGGCUCCCGGGUGUCGUUAAUGUUCGGGGCCGCCGGGCGCCAACCGAUCGGAGCUCCCGCCGCCGGGAACAGCUGGCACUUCAGCCGGACCAUGGAGGAGCUGGUUCACGACCUGGUCUCCGCGCUGGAGGAGAGCUCGGAGCAGGCCCGCGGCGGCUUCGCCGAGGCCGGAGACCACGCUCGCAGCCUGUCCUGCCCGCUGAAGCGCCAGGCGAGGAAGAGGCGAGGGCGGAAACGGAGGUCCUACAACGUGCACCACCCGUGGGAGGCCGGCCCCUGCCUGAGCGAGGGCUCCGACUCCAGCUUGGAGGAGGCGAGCAAGGACUACAGAGAGAAUCACAGCAGCAGUAAGAAGGAUCACAGUGACUCCGACGACCAGAUGCUGGUGGCCAAGCGCAGGCCGUCGUCAAACUCAAACAACAACGUGCGGGGCAAGAGGCCUCUGUGGCACGAGCCCGACCUGGCGCUGGACGGCCUGGGCAACCGGGCCCUGCGCCGCAGGCGGAAGGUCAAGCGCAUGGCCGUGGACCUGCCGCACGACUUCUCCAGCAAGCGCAGCAUGACGCAGCCCCCGGACGGCUGCAGGGACCAGGACAUGGGCCACGACAGAGCGUACCAGUACCCAGAGUUCACCAGGAGCAAAGUCAAGAAGCGGAAACUGAGAAUCGUCAGGCAAGGCCCCAAAAUCCAAGACGAAGGAGUGGUUUUGGAAGGCGAGGAGAUGAGCCAGACCAGUAAGGACAAAAUGGAGUACGAAGAGCAGAAAGUCUCCGACGAGCUCAUGAGCGAAAGCGAUUCCAGCAGCCUCAGCAGCACGGAUGCGGGGUUGUUCACCAAUGACGAAGGCAGGCAAGGCGACGACGAGCAGAGUGACUGGUUUUACGAAAAGGAGUCGGGCGGUGCGUGCGGCAUCGCAGGAGUCGUGCCCUGGUGGGAGAAGGAGGACCCGGCCGAGCUCGACAAGAACUUACCGGACCCCGUCUUUGAAAGUAUCUUAACUGGCUCUUUCCCCCUUAUGUCGCAUCCCGGGAGAAGAGGUUUCCAAGCUAGACUCAGUCGCCUCCAUGGGAUGCCUCCCAAGAAUAUUAAAAAAUCUGGAGGGACCCCCACUUCAAUGGCUCCAAACUGGACCCGUGAGAUUCCCCUAUAAACCAAAUCUUCUAAUGCUAAUAAAUUAGUUGCGUUUUGAACAUCUGGGGAAUGGCACUCGAGGGAACCUGGCUCCCGUCCUCUCCCCCCGGAGGAAUGUCACUGAACUGAGAGAAAGACGGGGCUGUCUUUGCUGGAGGACUGGCCUUCUUCCUCUAGGCAGACGGGGACCUGGUGGGGGAGGCCUUCUAGGGACCUAGGUCGGCCCAGGGUGGUAGAAACUACUGUACAUUUUAUAUACUCUUCUCUUUGAUGAUUUUUUUUUUUACAUUGAAACCAUUUAUGUAUCACUUGCUUUGCCAAACUGCUAACAAAAGCUAGCAAAUCAAAACCGUCCAGGUACCACAUAAGUAUUCUUAAUGUUUAUAUUGUGACUGGUUAAGAAGUAAUUUUUACAUUAUCUGUUGUAAAAAAAAAUGCAAUGCAUUAAUUAGCAUUUAUGGUUCAUUUUUAGAGCAAUCUUAUAUAACCAGCAUUAUUUAUAAUAUUUGCAUUUUACUCAGGGUAUUUUAACAAGGGCUAAGAUGAGUAGUAGGGAAGGUUGAUGAUUUUUGCUAGAGAUUGUAUUUUGUUUGUUUGCUUCCUACUGGGAUAAUCUGCUCUGUAUUGCAAACUCAUUGUAUUUUAUUCUGUAGUGUUCAUUGUACUGCAAACAUCAUCCUCGUUUUAAACUAGCCACCGAGGUCACCAGCCUGUGCUAGUGGAACCAGUUACUAUUACCUUUAAAUCAUGUGCUCUGUCAGAUGAUACCUGAAACCAAUCAAAAUGAUCGCUCUGGUUUAGAGCUUAUGGAACUCAUGUGAAAACUGAUACUGCAACAAAUACUGUAUGACGCUGAAUCACAUUGUCAUGUGUAAAAGUGAGAGCUGUGUGCUCAUUCUUGGAGUGACAGAGCGUGUGUGUCACCGAGUCGGGAAUGAACACUGGCAGGAGCUCGCUUUCCCCGAGCAGAGGGAAACCCCGCGUUCCCGCCGGUAGUGUAAUUCAGACACUAGACUGCGUGCAGGCCAUUGGAGUUUUGCAGAAUGGUGACAUUAAAAUGAUCAAUAUUUUUAUUACGUUCCAAUAAUGGAUGAAAACUGUGAUUUGACACAUGUAUUUUUAUAUUAUUGUAUGGAUUGUUAACUGGUCAUCUAAUGGCUGACUUAAAUAGGAGGCUUGGGAGAGAAACUUAAAGUUGGCAUUUCCUUUCUGCAGAGUGAUCACAAUCUGACAGAUCUCAGCAAAGAUGUUAAGUGGGAGUGCGUGACAUCUUUCAGAUUGCUUGUCUAAACUGGAGAGAUUAAAAAUGGCGACGUGCAACUUUGAGUCUCUUUACCUUUGCACAUUUAAAGUGAUAUUUUAGAGAUACAAUAAUGUGGUGUUUCGUAAUUGUAAGUAAGCUUUUCUGUGCUAUGUCUUUUGUGGUGAAAAUUCAUGAUUCCCCCCCCCCCCCCGAAUUACACAAAUGCUUUUAUUUUGUAUAAUGACUGUCUUUUGGAUCUGAACAAGUCACUUUAAGACCUUGGCCUAUGAACUUUGCCUUACCAAUCAUGAAUCUAGAUGUAUGCUGUCUAGUUCUUGGUUCAGUUUUACCUAUUUUUAUUUUUGGUUCAUUGCUUGCUUGAGCAGAGCGGGGAUUUGUAGCCCAUUUUCUAGGCUUAUUGCAAUCUCGCUGUGGUAUUUUAUAGAAGCUAUUACAACUGAUAGGCUAGCUUCAUGGUUUUGAUGAUACAUGGCUUAACCAUAGUAAAAAGCUGCCUUUCCUCUCUAAAUUGUAAAAAGGUGAUUAAGUUGCACUUGAUGGAGAUAUACUCUGUGUGUGUGUUUAUCAUGAAACCAGUGCAUUGGGCCAUAAACUGUUUUCCGAGUCUAUGUUUUUUUGUAUUCAGAGUUUUACUGAAGACAAUGGGCUUUUUCAGGUUUCUUUUUCUCCACCCUGAAUUGUCCUUGUUUGGAUUUUUAAGUACUGUAAUUUUUUUUUUCAAUAAAAUAUCUGACUUGGGCAAGAAAGGUAAGAGUUCC